CCUCUGACUCUCUUUCGGUGUCUCUCGACCCCGUGACGUCACCAGCUGCUCGGUACACCCUCUCGGUGUCUCGCGCUCUGUGUUUGUCUGUCUCGUGCGCAGAAGCAAGCCGGAGGAUCAAAGAGCUGAACUCACCUGUCUGCACGCUCACCUGGCCGCGCGCGCAGUCCCUCAGAGUGCGCGAUAGCGCGUGUUGGAUCACACAGGAGAGGAGGAGGAGGAGGAGAGGAGGAAGAGGAGGAGGAGAGGAGGAAGAGGCUCGGAGUUCUCAGGAGUUUUCCCUGAACAUGGAGCGGACUGGAAGUUUCCUGCUGGCCGCCGCUCUCUUACUGGUUUUACUGGGAGUUAGGGGAACCCGAGCGGACACAUUCGAAGCCUGCCUAACUGGUCAGUCUCCAGACUGUACACUGGUCCAAUCCAAGGAGGACGACUUUGACUGGGAGCAGGGCGACACCAGAGACCGGCCCAAUAGCAACCCAUGGAUCCCUGCAGGUUCUUCCUUCCUGUUUGUGAACACGUCGGGCCGUUACAGCGGUCAGCGUGCUCAACUACUGCUGCCACCACUCAGAGAGAACGACACGCACUGCCUUAGCUUCCAGUUCUACCAGGCGGGGGGCCGAGAGGGGGCCGCGCCCGCCACACUCAAUGUCUACAUUAAAGAGAACAACAGCCCUCUGGGAAUUCCAGUAAUUAACUCAUCUGGCCCCGCCUACCACAUCUGGAAAGGGGUGGAGCUUGCCGUAUCCACUUUCUGGCCAAAUUACUACCAGGUGGUGUUUGAGGCGGUCAGCACCGGUCAGAGAGGAGUCCUGGCCAUCAAAGACAUCACUCUGCAGGGACAUCAGUGCAUGAGCACGCCACACCCUCUGCACAUUAAAGGCGUGGAGGUGAACGCCGGCCAGACGGCCACAUUUCAGUGCACUGUGAACGGCCAGCCACAGAGUCACCUGCUGCUCUACCUGCAGGGCAUGGGAGGUCGGCAGGCCAUCGCCAAGGAAACCAAAUCAGCGAACCCCCAGCGUUACGUGGCGAGCUUCGAUGUCAAGAACACCACCAAAGGCGACUCUGGACGGUACCGCUGCAUUGCCCAAUCAGAGCGAGGUGUGGGCGUGUCCUCCUAUGCUGAACUCACAGUUAAACAACCCCCUGUACCCAUUGCCCCACCUCAGCUCACUGCGGUAGGUGCUACCUACCUGUGGAUCCAGCUCAACGCCAACUCCAUCAAUGGAGACGGACCCAUUAUCGAUAGAGAGGUGGAGUACCGUACCAUGGCUGGCAUGUUGAUUGACACCACGCCUGUCGAUAAGCCCACCCAUAAGGUCGGACACCUGGACCCAGACACAGAGUACGAGAUUAGCGUUCUGCUGACCAGGCCCCUGGAAGGGGGGACAGGAAACCCUGGGCCGCCGCUCAGAGCGAGGACCAAGUGUGCAGAUCCGAUGCACGGCCCGCAGCGGCUCCAGGUCAGCGACAUUCAGUCCAAACAGGUGACUGUUCGAUGGGAACCGUUCGGAUACAAUGUAACCCGCUGCCACAGCUACAACCUGACCGUGCAGUACCGCUACAGGCCUGCAGGGGCGUCCAGCAGGGAGUCGGUGAAGGAGCAGGUCAUGGAGGAGGUGGUUUACGACACUCUGAGCUCCGUGCCACAGCACACCGUCCGUAACCUUCCACCAUAUACCAACGUCAGCCUGAAACUGGUGCUGAGCAACCCAGAGGGGCGUAAGGAAAGCGUGGAGCUGCUGGUUCUGACUGACGAAGACGUUCCUGGAGCCGUCCCGGUGGACUCCAUCCUUGGUCGCAGCUAUGAGCAACAGAUCAGUCUGAGCUGGAGAGAGCCGCUGAACACAUUCGGCCUUAUCCGGCAGUAUGAGAUUUCCUACAAAGCUCUGAGCUCCUUUGACACAGAGUUUGACCUAUCCAAUCAGAGUGGGAAGGUGUUCAAACCGGCCAAUGAGACAAGCCAUGUGUUCUCUGGCCUCUCCCCAGGCUCCACCUACUCCUUCACAAUAAGAGCCUCAACCAUUAAAGGGUUCGGGCCCCCAGUCAUCACACAGUUCACCACCAAAAUCUCAGCUCCUCUGAUGCCGGCCUACGAUCAGGAGUCUCCUCUGAACCAGACGGACUCCUCUGUCACGGUCCUGCUGAAGCCGGCUCAGAGCCGCGGCGCCCCCGUCAGUAAGUACCAGGUGGUGGUGGAGGAGGAGCGCCCCCGCAGGCUGAGGAGAGGAACAGCAGAGAUCCUUCGCUGCUAUCCCGUUCCCAUUCAUUUCCAGAACGCCACCCUGCUGAACUCCCAGUAUUACUUCAGCGCAGAGCUGCCGAUGAGUGACCUAAGGAGUCCCAUACCCUUCUGUGUUGGUGACAACCGGACCUACAACGGUUACUGGAACGCUCCUCUGCUGCCCCACAAGAGUUAUGGCAUCUACUACCAGGCUGUGAGCACAGCAAAUGGGGAGACAAAGAUCGACUGUGUGAGAGUGGCCACUAAAGGAGCUGCAACCAGGAAACCAGAACCAGAGAAGGAGAAACAGACAGAUCACACAGUGAAGAUCGCUGGAUCCAUCGCUGGAAUCCUGCUCUUCAUCAUCAUCUUCUUAGGAGUCAUCCUGCUGAUGAAGAAAAGACGAAGAAAUUAUCACUCCUACACUUACUACCUGAAGUUGGCCAAGAAGAGGAAGGAAACCCUGAGCUCCAGACAGGAAAUGACUCUGAUGGUGAACACCUCCCAACACACAACCGUGGUGGACACGCACACGCUGAACGGCCGCACCAUGUCGUCUCCAUCCUCCUUCGUCCUGAAGACAAACACUAUCAGUACCUCCGUCCCCAACUCCUACUACCCAGAUCCGUUCGUACCGACAGCUAUCCUGGUGCCCAUUAAUGACGACAGCAGCCACACUAUGACCAGUGAAACCAGUAGCCUGGUCCAGUCCCACUACAAGCAGCGGGAAGCGGAGCGGGAGGCGCUGCCCUAUCAGACGGGUCAGCUGCAUCCGGCCAUUCGAGUGGCCGACCUGCUGCAGCACAUCACCCAGAUGAAAUGUGCCGAGGGUUACGGAUUCAAAGAGGAGUAUGAGAGCUUCUUUGAGGGACAGUCAGCUCCAUGGGACUCAGCCAAGAAGGACGAGAACCGCAUGAAGAACCGAUACGGCAACAUCAUCGCCUACGAUCACUCUCGUGUGCGUCUGCAGCCUCAGGAUGGAGACGGCGGCUCAGACUACAUUAAUGCGAACUACGUGGAUGGUUACCACAGGCCCAAUCACUACAUCGCUACACAAGGGCCCAUGCAGGAGACGGUCUACGACUUCUGGAGGAUGGUGUGGCAGGAGAACACGGCAGCCAUUGUGAUGGUAACCAACCUGGUGGAGGUGGGCCGGGUGAAGUGCUGUAAGUACUGGCCCGAUGACACAGAGAUCUACGGAGACAUGAAGGUGACGCUGAUCGAGACGCAGCUGCUGUCGGAGUACGUGAUCCGGACCUUCGCUGUGGAAAAGAGGGGUGUGGCCGAGAUAAGGGAGAUCCGUCAGUUUCAUUUCACCGGCUGGCCCGAUCAUGGCGUCCCGCUGCACGCCACCGGACUUCUGGGCUUCAUCCGUUGUGUCAAAGCCAAGACUCCGCCCACCGCUGGCCCCACUGUGGUCCACUGCAGUGCGGGAGCGGGACGAACAGGCUGCUUCAUCGUGAUUGACAUCAUGCUGGACAUGGCGGAGAGAGAGGGCGUGGUCGACAUCUACAACUGUGUCCGAGAGCUGAGGGCACGACGGGUCAACAUGGUCCAAACUGAGGAGCAGUACGUCUUCAUACACGACGCCAUCCUGGAGGCGUGCCUCUGCGGCAACACCGCCAUCCCAGCCAAUCAGCUGCGAUCAGUUUACUACGAGAUGAACCGAUUGGAUCCCCAGACCAACUCCUGUCAGAUCAAAGAGGAGUUCAGGACCCUCAACAUGGUCACGCCCACUCUGCGCGUGGAGGACUGCAGCAUCGCCCUGUUGCCUAGAAACCACGAGAAGAACCGCUGCAUGGACGUGCUGCCUCCGGACCGCUGCCUGCCGUUCCUCAUCACCAUUGACGGAGAAAGCUCCAACUACAUCAACGCUGCGCUCAUGGACAGCUACAAGCAGCCAUCGGCCUUUAUCGUUACCCAGCAUCCUUUGCCCAACACAGUGAAGGACUUCUGGCGUCUGGUCCUGGACUACCACUGCACGUCCAUUGUGAUGCUGAACGACGUGGACCCUGCACAGCUGUGCCCUCAGUACUGGCCGGAGAAUGGCCUCCACCGCCUCGGCUCCCUGCAGGUGGAGUUUGUUUCUGCAGAUCUGGAGGAGGAUGUCAUCAGCCGCAUCUUUAGGAUCUACAACACAGCCAGGCCGCAGGACGGGUACCGCAUGGUGCAGCAGUUCCAGUUCCUGGGCUGGCCGAUGUACCGCGACACACCCGUCUCCAAGCGCUCCUUCCUCAAACUUGUCCACCAGGUGGACAAAUGGCAAGAGGAGUACGACGGCGGCGAGGGACGCACUGUUGUCCACUGCCUGAACGGCGGGGGUCGCAGCGGCGUCUUCUGCAGCGUCAGUAUCGUGUGUGAGAUGUUGCGACAACAGCGCUGUGUUGAUGUCUUUCAUGCCGUGAAGACGCUCAGAAACAACAAACCAAACAUGGUGGACCUACUGGAACAGUAUAAAUUUUGCUAUGAAGUGGCUCUGGAGUACCUGAACUCUGCUUAGCCUGGACCAAAACCUCCUUCUUCUGCUACAGUCUGACAGGCGGAGGAGGAGGACCACUACUGAUUGAAGGUGGAGAGGAAGAGGGGGAGGAAGUGGAAAGUGUUUUUUGCACUGCCUUGUUUGACUGAACCAUCCGACAGUGAGCAUGGACACACUGACAGACCUUCAGCAUUUCUCACCUUGUGUCACUUUGUUGUCUCGUUGUUUUUUGUGUUGUAAAUUUGAUGAGUUGAAACUAAAGCAAAGAAGAAGAAUAAAUCGUCUCAUCUGUGGUAGACCAACUUGG